AUGAAUACUGAGUACGAUGUUGCCGUCGUUGGACUUGGAGUCCUGGGAAGCGCCGCUGCAUAUCACGCUGCCCGGAGAGGCGUCAAAGUCAUUGGCUUUGAACAAUUCGAGUUUGGUCACGUCCGCGGCGCCUCCCACGAUACAUCACGCAUCAUCAGGACGUCGUACGAGGCGCCCCAAUAUGUGGCCUUGGCCAAAUCUGCAUACAAGGACUGGGCUGCACUGGAGGAAGCCGCGGGGCAAAAGCUGACCAACAUCACCGGCGGCCUGGUGUUUCUACCAGAAGGCGGGCCUCUCUCUGCCGAGUCCUUUGCCACGAGCUUGGAACAAAACGACAUUCCCUACGAGCUUUUGACGUCGGAACAAGUGGGCCAAAGAUGGCCGCAGUAUAGCAUCGCCGAUACGGUGAAGGUCGUCUACACUGCCGACUCUGGCAUAGUCCAUGCAGCCAAGGCUGUCAUGGCCAUGCAGCAUUUGGCUCGAGCGAAUGGUGCAGAAAUCAGAGAGCUCACGCCUGUAACGUCAAUCGUCCCGAAAGACGGCAAUGUUGUCAUCGAGACACCAAGCGGCACAUUCUCUGCGAAGAAGAUUAUUCUGGCAACAGAUGCUUGGACAAACGAGCUGAUUGCUCCUCUGGGAGUCGAGAUGCCUCUCCAGGUUUCACAAGAGCAAGUCACCUACUUCAAGCCCACUGAUGUGUCAGCGUUCGAGUCUAGCCGGUUUCCUGUCUGGAUCUGGCACGCUGACCCAUGCUUUUACGGAUUUCCCGUGUACGGCGAGCCUACGUUCAAGGUCGGACAGGACUGCGCCAUGAACCUGAUGAGUCCUCAAGAACGAACCUUUGUCCAGUCGCCAAAGAUUUUGAAAGACUUGUGUUCUUUCCUAGAGGACUUUAUUCCAGACAAGGCGCGGGAGCCUUUGCGCACAGUGACUUGCCAAUACACAAUUACACCAGAUAGACAGUUUAUUCUGGGUGCUCUAAAGAAGCACCCGAGCGUCAUUCUGGCCCUCGGAGCGGCCCAUGCUUUCAAGUUUGCGCCGGCAAUUGGAAGAAAUCUGGCCGAGCUCGCUAUUGACGGAAAGAGUACCGAUGACUUGUCCAAGUUUGGUGUGCCAAGUGGUGUCGGCGACGACUAA